AUGAAGGUUUUGGGCUUACCUCCCGGUAUUCAGAGGCUUGCUCUGGCCUUAGUCAAGAAAUGGAUGGGAAUAGUGAAAGGAAAUGAAAUGCGCCUCCAGAACCACAAUGAAAAGUUGAGUGGUGAGGAUGAGGGAGAGAGUGAGGAAGAUAAGGAGAGGAGCAAGAGGAGAAAAGAGAGCAAGAAGGAUUUGAGAGGAAAGGACAAAAACAGCAGUAGCAGGAAGAGUGAUCAAGGAUCUUCUGUGGAGAGCAAGAAGAAACGCAAGAACACUGAAGAUGUUGAAGUGAAGAAAAUGAAGAAAAGGACCCCAGAUAUGGCAUCUGUUCAAAAUUUGAAUUCAAAGAAUUCAAGCAAGCCCUCCAGUGAUGGAAUGAGCAAUAGUGACUUUUCAGACGUGAAGCUUGAUGUGGAUGAUGAUUUCUUGUCCAAGAUAACAAAAUCCAAGUCUGAAAGACCGAAGACUGUGAAGACUUUCAACAGUAAAUUUAGGUCUACUGGUUUGCUUGAAGAACCUUCAAAGCAGCCUGUGACUCUGAAGAAUAGUAAGAAGAAAGAGGCAAGCCUUCAGAGACUGUCACCAGCCAUGAAGAAGGAGGAAUUUUCACAACCCAUUGCCCCUCCUUCUGUGUCUCCUCCUUCCAGUGAGAAGGAGUCAAAUUCUCAAACUGCCUCAUCUGAUGACCAACAAGACAAAGUCAAGGAAAAGCAUAAGUCCUCUUCAUCAAAGCGUAAAGUAAUGCUGAAUAAAGCUCAUAAGGAGAAGUAUUUUCGAAGUUCACUGCGCUUACCAUCAAAGUGCAUACGUAGCCUUGACAAGACUGGUGUGCGAAGUCUCCUGGAGCCAUUUGCGAACUGCUGCCGCUAAUGGUAAUGGUCCUACCUGCACAGCAAGUACAAGAACGAACCCUUUUAUACUACCAAGUUUCAUUACAAAGAAGCUCAUCAAACGCCAAAAUCACGAGGCAGGAGAAUGUAGUGAAGAUGACUUCCUGUCAAGCUGCUUCUGUCGUCAGGCAUUGUCUUUGGAAGCUGGAGCGUGUUUCAUGUCGUUCCAGUGCAUCUGCCGUCUUGCGUGUUUGACCAUUAUCACCUUCACACAAUUUCUUCCUGAAUAACCUCGAACACCAUCCAGGACAAAGGUCUCACAGACCUCUGUUCACAGAGGUAUGUUUGAAGGCUCUCCGUGCAGAGAGAGAGAGAGGUACAGAAGGCAGAACUCCAGAUUGCUGCAGUUAUUCCGUUAUUCCUUGCCAAGUGUAGGCCUAUGAAUUUUUUUUUGAAGCUUGCAGAUCUUUCGUUUCUUCUCGUGAAGUAAUGGCAUUUCCUCAUCUCCCCUCUCCUUCUCUCCCUCACCGGCAGUUUUAUGUUUCCCAUAUUUUUUCGGAAUGGAAUUACAAGAAGCUCUGCGAUCGUCAGCAGUGUCCGAAUACCAUGUCUGCACGAGAGAAAUAAAAAAUUGCAAUUAA